AGAGAGAGAGAGAGAGAGAGAGAGAGAGAGCGAUCUGCAGACAGGCAGUCGGCCAGUCUAAAGAGAGAGAGAGGGAGAGAGAGAGAGGAGAGAGAGGAGAGAGAGAGAGAGAGAGAGAGAGAGAGAGACCCUAGCGGUCACGUGAUCCCGUUCGCCCCUCCCAUUUAACCUCAGAUGGGCAGCAUCUGCGCGUCCGUUUCCGAGGCCCCGCCCUCCGGAUGAUGUAAUAAUCGCUUUGCGCAUGCUCAUAGUCCGGGUGGGCGGUGUUUUCCUUUCCGCUCAGUGCUGAAGCGGAUCGUCUGCGGGAUCGGCAAAGGGUCCUCGCCUCCUCGGUCGGGAACCCGGGGUUCGGGAUCACCGUCUGCGGGCCGCAGAUAUCACUUUUCCCAUCGUUAGACCUGCGGUGAGAGAUUUAUUGGAAGAAAAACCCACAACUGAAAGAGAACCACGACUGAAGAUGAGGGAACAGCAGCAAGUGAACCAGCCCGAGGACUUUGAGCACCAACUGGAAAGAACCCUUCUGACUCAGGGUUUCCAUUGAUUCAGUCAGGAGAAAGUUUGGUUAAAAAUGAGAAGGAAUUUGUCUCCGGGAAUCUCAAACACGGCACGCCAGUUUUGCUGUCUCUGUCUAGAUAUUUAAGAAGUGGAGCAAGGGUUUCAAUCGACCAUCCUUCCUGCUCAGACUGUGGGGAGGGAUUCACUCAGUCAUCUGCCUGACUGGCACCCCUGUCAUUUUACACGGGGAGAGGUUGUUCACCUGUUUAGACAGUGGAAAUGGAUUCACUCGGUCAUCUCAAUUGAAGGUACGUCAGCAAUGUUCACACCAGACAAGGCCAUUCACCUGUUUUUUUUUGUGUAAGAAAGGAUUCAGUUGGUCUUCCCACCUGUGGACACACCAGUUAGUUCACACUGGGCAGAGGCUGGUCAUCUGCUGAAUUUCUGGGAAAGGAUUUACUCGGUCAUCUGACCUAAUGGCAUACAAGUGAGUUCACGCCAGGGAGCGGCCAUUCACCUGCUCAGACUUUGGGAAGGGAUUCACUUGGUCGUCUAACCUAAUGGCUCACCAGCGAGUUCACACUGGGGAGCGGCCAUUUACCUGUUCGAACUGUGGGAAGAGCUUCACUUGGUCUUCUGACCUACAGCGUCACCAGCGAGUUCACACUGGAGAGAGGCCAUUCACCUGCUCAGAAUGUGGGAAGAGAUUCACUUGGUCAUCUGACCUACAGAGUCACCAGCGAGUUCACACUGGGGAGAAGCCAUUCACUUGCUUAGAAUGUGGGAAGAGAUUCACUCGGUCAUCCGACCUACAGAGUCAUCAGCGAGUUCACACUGGAGAGAAGCCGUUCACCUGCUCAGAAUGUGGGAAGAGAUUCACUCGGUCAUCCAACCUACAGAGACAUCAGCAAGUUCACACUGGAGAGAAGCCAUUCAUCUGUUCAGAAUGUGGGAAAGGAUUCACUCAGUCAUCUGAACUACUGGCACACCAGUCAGUUCACUCAGGGGAGAGGCCGUUCACCUGCUCAGUCUGUGAGAAGAGAUUCACUCACUCUUCCAACCUCCAGAGACACCAGCGAAUCCACACUGGGGAGAAGCCAUUCACCUGCUCAGAAUGUGGGAAGGGAUUCACUCGGUCAUCCACCCUACAGAGUCACCAGCUAGUUCACACUGGGGAGAAGCCGUUCACUUGCUCAGAAUAUGGGAAAGGAUUCACUCAGUCAUCCCAACUACUGGCACACCAGUCAGUUCACAAUGGAGAGUGGCCGUUGUUAUGAACCUCUAGGUUUCAUUUGCUGUGGACUGUUAUUAUAAGAGAGAGAGAGAAAGAGAGAGAGAUUAAGGCAAAUCAGUCUGUUUUGCAGCUUGUUUAGUCUUAACCGAGGACACAGACACUCAAAGUCAGACGCUGAUGCAGGAGGAAAAAUGGAAGGAUCAAAACAAGGGAACUAGUGGCCAAGGGUCACUCUUUGGAACUUCCCUAUGCCCACAAAGGUGGGUUAAUUAUCGAUUCAGCAUACAUCGAAUGAGUGGUUGUCACCUUGUUUGAUCCAUUGGAUUGGAUUGGAUUUGGGGUAUCCUGUGAAGACCACUUAUGUGUUAACCCUUGCCUGGGUGUGGUCUGAAGACGAUACCCCUUGUGACAAGUUACUUUUAGUGAUAAUUCGUAUGUGGAUUUGGAAUGAUGACGGAUAAAAUCUACAGCGACUAUUCUCUCGUUUACCACCAUAGAACCUGUGGAAUUCGAAAUGUUUGCCUUCUCUCAACAUUUAACCUGGAUUACAAAUAUCUCUCUCUCAUCACCUAUUCUGUGGAUGAACUGAACUUUCAUACUUUACCAUCUCAAGACUCUAAGCCUUUUUUCCCCCGAGCUCAAUAGUUUGGGAGUUAUAUUUACCCAAAUAUACACAUAACACUGUUAACUUUUGUUUAUCUAAAGUUACAAUAUUAUAAAUAGAUACUAAUAAAGAUAGUGGU